AUGUACCUCAACCUCAAAAUGCAUAUGGACGGACAACAGUAUUCCCGCCAAUAUGUAGCGGGAGGAGGAGUUAAUUCAAAAAAGGAACAGCCCAAAGUUUCAAGGAGCCAAAAAUCGCGUGGAGAGGUCAUGGAUAAUUUGUUCAUAGUUUUUGACCCAUCUUUUUUGUCGUACGUUUGGCCUAAAAUAAAGAACGGUGUGCAUUUGAACAUUGGACAUUUCUGUUGGGAGGAUGUCAGUGUGCUUUUAAAGGAUUUAGCUGAGGGGCGUGCUUGGGCGUACAGAGCUGCGGACGCAUCUGGACGCUACCAGUCCGGGCUGUUUGAAGGCAAGAGGUUCUGGCUCGGCUCCAAAGAGCAAUGUCUUAAGUUAGACAGCAGCUACGUUCUCAGAGAGAGCAACGAGACAUGGGGCGAAUUCUACAGCGGAGACUAUUUGAAUACGUUAAUCAGCAGGGAAAAAGAGUUCGCCGGAAAUAUAGACGAGUGGCAUUCGCUAAUCGAACGCGACGACCUGAUGAGGCGUGUGGUGGAAGACGAUAACGAAGCUGCCGUGCCUUUGGCGUACACUGCACUGCAGAUUAUGCUGAACAUCACCAAGUUUACUAUGCCAAAGUCAUAUCAAAUCACACUGGGCUUGUGUCUCCCGCGAACAUGCGCAGCUGAGGACGUAGUAUCCAUCAUUAACUUCUCAAUAAUGCUCAACGACCAUCUGAAAACCAACAAGACAGUAUCUAGAUCCGUUAAAAUAACAUCUCUCAGAUACAUAGAAAAUUCAUAUGACAUCAAAACCGAUAUUACAGCAGUGGCAAUAAUACUGGUCACUGUCACACUUGUAGUGCUAGCCAUAGUGGCCACGUUUGUUGACUUCGAUUUGAUUAAAUUCAAAGCGUACGGUAACACUUCGAGCUUUGACUUGCAACAAUACAACCAUGAAGAUAACAGGUAUGCUGAUGAGAAGAAAAUCAACAUUGGCAGGAAAGACCCGGCGUCCUACGACUUGCACAGUCACGAUGAGAAAAGGUAUGCCGAUGAAAAGAAAGCUAAUUUCAUCAAAAAAGAGCAUAAACUUGUUGAAGCGGAGGCGUUGUCCGUGAAAAGUUUCAGCGAAUUAAAGAGAGCUAUGAGGGAGAAGGCCCUGCCUCCGUCAAUUACGCUAGAUGUAGUGACACCGGAAGGUAGCACCAGUUGCUAUCGAUGCGGGAAGUACAAAAAGCAGUGCGUGAACUCCUCCCAAGUAGAAACCGCCCCACCUUGCCCUAGGUUAAAGUACAAUUCAUGCGCAAGCCUCACGACCGAGUAUAAGAGGAAGAGCAGCGUGUACAAAAGCCUCUUACUCAGUUUCUCGUUGAAGCACAGUUGGAUGAGGAUAAUCAACACGAGCAUGGCGAAUAAGGAUCUCGCGAUGAUGCACGUGCUGAAAAUCAUUGCCGUUUUGUGGAUUAUGUUUGUGCACGUCGCUGUAACGGUUGAUUAUAUUGCAGAAAAUGGCGGUGAAGUGAGCGACCAUAAUAAUGUGUUUUACAUUGUGUCAACUGGAACCCUGGCUUAUGACACUCUUUUCUUUGUAAGCGGGGUGUUCAGUGCGCAACAUUUCUUCUACUUGAAGAGCCGCUACUCGGUGGAGGAGCUGGUGAGCACGGGCGGGUUCUGCGGCCAAGCACUCCAGCUCAUCUGCUUCAUCACCAAUAGAGCCAUUCGCUUGCUCCCGCCAUACAUGUACGCCAUCUUCCUGACGGCGGCGGUGUCGCGAGUGUCCCGCGACACCGCGGUGUUGAGGCUGCCGGAGCACGACUACGACACCUGCGACGCGUACUGGUGGCGCAACCUGCUCUACCUGACCAACCUGUACCCGCUGGACGACCAGUGCAUGCAAGUGUCGUGGUACCUGUCCGCCGAGACUCAGCUGCAUAUGCUUGGCGCGCUGCUAUGCAUGCUUCUGGCCACGGGACACCGCAAAGCAUCCGCCUUCAUUGCCGUGGCCGUGCUGUUCGGAGCCACCGGGUACGACCUCACCACCGCCUAUAUGGAUUAUAAACAACAGGCAACAAACGCCUUCGCUCUAUACGCGAUUGUGAUAAAUCGUCCGUGGAGUCGCGUGGCGCCGUACUUGGUCGGAGUGCUGUCAGGCUGGCUGCUAUACGUCAUGGACGGAGAGUGCGCGGUCUCUAAGGCCAGCAGUUGGUGCUUGUGGGCGGCGGGCGCGGGCGCGGCGCUGGCGUCGCUGGUGCUGCCGUGGCUGCGCUGGCGCUGGGCGGCGGGCUGGCUGCACGUGUCGUGGCCCGCGGCGCUGCUGUGGCCCACUCUGCUGAGCGCCACCCAGCUCUCCAGUAUAACCCGACCGCUCCUUAGUAGCCCGUGCACAGUUGGAGUGAGCCGGUUGUGCUACGCCAUGUUCCUAUUACACGGCGUGGUGGUCCGCUACCUGCUGCUGUCCGCGGACACGGCGCUGUGUUCUCACUUCAUUUGCAUCGUAUGUUAUUUUGCUGGGUGUACAAUAGUGACUUUAGCAGCUGCCCUGUGUCUCUCGCUGUUGCUUGAAAUGCCAAGUUGUUGCCUUCUGAGGAGAAUCUCGGACUACACUUACAAAUAACAAGUCUGCUACUAACUACCUACCUUUGAUCAGUAAUAUACUAGAUAGUACAGCUUCAUCAUACUCACAUCAACCGAUAGACGUCCACUGCUGGACAUAGGUCUUUUGUAUGGAGUUCCAAAUUUCACUAAAGAAGUAUAGCUUAAAAAUGAUGGACAUAAUUAUUUUGAUAGCACCCAGUCAAUGUGUCUAAAUAAUAAGAAUUCGGUCACGAAUUACGAGCUCAUUAAUGCUAAACGUUCGAAAAAGCAAUAAAAGUGACGGAAUAUCUUAUCAAAUUACUCAAAUACCGAACCGAACUAUAGUAUAUAACCCAACUAGAAUAACAAACUCGUAAAAGUUUUUGUUUGAGACUGCAUAUCUAGUACAACUAUGAUCAAAGAAAGUGGACUGUUAAUUCUCAUUUCAAGAUUGGUUGUAUAGGAGUGAAC